AAAAUGACUAACACAAAGGACAAAAGGAGGGGAACCCAGUAUAUGUUUUCCAGGCCUUUUAGAAAACAUGGGGUUGUUCCUUUGGCUACAUACAUGUGAAUCUACAAAAAGGGUGAUAUUGUAGACAUCAAGGGAAUGGGUACUGUGCAAAAAGGAAUCCCUCACAAAUGUUACUAUGGCAAAACUGGAAGAGUCUACAACUUUACCCAGCACGCUGUCGGCAUUGUUGUAAACAAGCAAGUUAAGGGAAAGAUACUUGCCAAGAGGAUUAAUGUGCAUAUUGAGCAUAUUAAACACUCAAAAAGUCAUGAUAGCUUCCUGAAAUGUGUCAAAGAAAAUGAUCAGAAAAAGAAGGAAGCCAAAGAGAAAGGUAACUGGGUUCAGCUGAAACGCCAGCCUGCCCCUCCCAGAGAAGCACACUUUGUGAGGACCAAUGGAAAGGAACCCGAGUUGUUGGAACCCAUUCCCUAUGAAUUCAUGGCAUAA